CGUUCGUUCUCAAAGCACAAAUUCAACACUGCUCGCGAACAAAGCGAUGUUUGUUCAUUUAAUACUGUAGUCAGUGCUUUAUCCAGAAAAUAUCAUUUUCUAAUUUAUGCUGCGAAUAAACAAGGAUGUUUAAUAUUAUAGAUGACUGAUUAAUUUCCAAAUUCUAAAAGAUCCUAAAUGUUUUAAUUCAAGAGCAUAUCGUGAAAACUAUUUCAAGAUAUUCAUAAGCACAAAGAUACAUGGUUAUUACUGAACAUUUUAUACUGCCAAAUCUCUUUUAACGGAAUGGUGCAAUGAAGAUCAUCAAUUAUGAUCAUAAGUGAAUGGUAGCAUUAAUUUAAGAUUAAAAAUAUACAUAUGACAAUGUUAAAUAUGGACGAAACUCAAGCUGAAACAACAGAAGUGACAUAUGAUAUAGCUGAUACUAAUUUGCCUGCAAUAAUGGCUAGUUUGGAAAUGCUCACCGUAAAUACUUCAUCAUCUUCUAAUCAUGGAACAGUAUUUAGGAAAAAUGUGGCAGCAACUGAUUCCAAUGAAAGUCUUAAUAGAAGAUGUAGUUUAAGACCAAGAAAAAGAACAUGUACACAAAUGGAUUAUAAUAAUAGAAAAGAAAAAGGUACUAAGGAAUAUUACUUACAUGGAAGUUUAAAAAGGAAAUUAAAUACUUUAGAAACAAUAUUUGAGGAAAAAGAUGAUGCAAAUGAAAGUACAUUAUAUAUGGGUGUUAAGAGAUAUAGACGUAUGAUCGAAUUUAAACAAAAACCUUCAGAUUCCAAGAUAAAGAAAAGAAGAGCAAGAAUUAAAAAAGUAUUUGGAUCAAAGAGUAAUUUUAAACGAAAACAAGCAUCUAUGCAAAUGCUGCUUGAUAAACUAAAUGAUAUUAGAGCAGAAUCUCCUGCAAAAAUUAAUAAUGAGGUAAAAUGAAAAAAUGUGAAAGUAUUAAGCUAUGGAACAAAAUGGUUUGUGAUUGAACUGAAAACCUCCAGUUUGACAUACUUUUGAUGUUAUGUUAUUUUGAAUUAUGUUCUUUUUUGUAUGCAUUUAAGUAACAUGAUAUAGUAUUAUUAUAUUAAGAAUCUUUAAUUUGAAAUAUUUUUCAAUAAUAUAAAAACUUGUGCUCUUAAGAUAUAGCAACUUGUAUGUUGAACAAUAAUGAACAAUUUAAAGAACUUUUAAAGCAGCACAAACUGAAAAAGACUGAAAACAUGAAAAAACUAUAAGCAUUC